AUGGCGGAUGCACAGAAACAGAUGCAGGCACUCUCGGACGAGUUCCAAAAGUUACAGACCGAACUGGAGAGCUUUGUCGAAGCUCGCCAGAAGCUAGAAUCGCAACAACAGGAAAACGAGGGUGUCCAGAAGGAGUUUAACUCAUUGGAUGACGAUGCGAAUAUCUACAAGCUCAUCGGGCCGGUCCUGUUGAAGCAAGAUAAGAACGAAGCUCUGAUGGCUGUCAAUGGACGUCUUGAGUUUAUUGAGAAGGAGAUUAAGCGAAUUGAGGGACAGAUCAAGGAAAAUCAAGACAAGAGUGACAAGAUGCGAGCAGAGAUUCUUCAAUACCAGAGCCAAAUGCAACAGCAAGCGGCAGCUGCACCCGCCUCCGCUUGA